AUUGUAAUAAAAAUAUUUGAAGGACCUUUAAUGGAGAGAAAAUUCAAAAACAUCUAAAAUACUUGAUGUGGUAUUUGUGACCCCUGUACAGCACCAGGAUCUGAACCACUGUGUGCUAAUGUGUUUACAGAGUUGUAAAAUGCUAGCUAAAUGUAGCUCUGGCUGCUAGCCUCCCCUGAAGGGUGUGCUAUAACUGUAGUCUGAUACCACGGGCCGUGGGUUGAGAACAUGUGGGACAGUAUUGUUACAAAAAAAACAUGUCUGAGUUAUGACCGCUGGCCCUGGGGUAUCACAGAGCUGAGCACCUGGUGUUCCGUGUGACCGUACACCUCCAGCAACACUGUGAAAAACUGUUGUUUUUUUUUUCUUCGAGUAUUUAAAACAUGUCGACGACCCCCGUCCCACAACCUCCCCCCUAAAAUUUAAAGUAAAUGUAGAGCAGCAGAAGCUCAUUCUCAACAAUCCUGAACUCCCCCUGUUGUUCAGAAACACUUAUUGCAUAAUUUUGAAAGUAUAAAUUAAAUGUUGUUUUCAGAUUCAAUGCCGUUAGCUGCCACCGCGGGUGGGGGGGGGGUUCUGUGUGUGGCUGUGUUACUAUGCAGUGAAGCAUGGCUGUCAGAGAGCCGCCCCUCACUCGAACCGCGCCCCUUAUUUAUUUCAAGUCAAACUGCCUCGCCUUCUAUUUUUUUUUUUUAACAAACCAACUUAUGUCAAACUCCUCUUCAGGGCAGUAACGGCACCCAGCAGCAGAUGUCAGGAGAGAGUCGUCCACGAGCCACAAACCUUGGGUUUCAGCCCGAAGACACAGCGGGAGGAGCAGGAGCAGCGGAGGGUGUGUCACAGCAGAGAGGAGUCUCGGCAGGAGUGUUUGUGAGGACACGCCGACGCACCUGGAGAGGAGCAGGACGAGGGAAGGAGCGAGAGAAUAUCCUCCGAGCGCCGUGGCCCUGCUCUGCCGACAUGUUCACCACGGAGCGCCGCAGAAUGAGCAGGCGCAUGAGCCUGCACGAAAUGAAGAGGAAAGAUCCCGUGCGCGUUUCCGCUGGAAGUUUCUGGCAGGACUCCGUGGCGCUGGAGCUGACCGCCAGCGGCGGCGCAGUUAAGCACAACGACUCUCCGCGGAGUCGCGGCAGAGAAGUAUCGGUGGCGUACGUGGUCAGCGAGGACGCGGCGGUGCCGCACUCGGAAGAGAACCUGUCCCUGACGUGUGUGAAGGAAGCCUGCGCCGACGCGCACGCCCUCUUCAGGACCAUCUCGUUCGAGAGGAUUUCUCUGGGAGCCACUGACAUUCUGGAUAGUUUCUACAACGCAGAUGUGGCGGUGGUGGAGAUGAGCGACACCUUCUGUCAGCCUUCACUCUUCUACCACCUGGGAGUGAGAGAGAGCUUCAGCAUGACCAACAACAUCAUCCUGUACUGCUACAAACAGGACACGGACCUGCAGGCCAUCAAGGAGCAGUGUGGGAGUUACACCUUCAUCCCGUACGUGGUGUCCCCUCAAGGUAAAGUUUUCGCCUGUGAUGCUGCGACGAUGAGUGGGAUCCAAGACCUGAUGCAGCCCAGUUUCCAGCUGGAGCCUCUGCUCACCCCCCUGGUGGAGAGACUGGUGUACCUGCUGAGCAACGUGCACAUCCGGUCCAGCGAGUACUUCAGGGAGUCCAUCAGACACGAGAUCCGUAUGGCGCGGGAACGUUUCGGCGGGAAGGAGCUGAGCGAGGAGCUGAGCCGCAUCCAGCAGCAAGGCCUGGACAGCGUGGAGCUGCUCAGCCCCGACAUCGUCAUGAACCUGCUGCUGUCCUACAGAGACAUCCAGGACUAUGAUUCCAUCAUCAAACUGGUGGAGACUCUGAACAACCUGCCCAUGUGUCUGGUGGCGCGACAUCAGAAUAUCCAGUUCCACUACAUAUUUGCCCUCAACAGGAGGAAUCACCCCGGAGAUCGGGCCAAAGCUCUGGACGCCAUUCUGCCCAUAGUGGAGGCAGGAAACAAGGUGGCAUCGGACUUCCUGUGUCUGUGUGGUCGGAUCUACAAAGACAUGUUCAUGAGCUCUGGGUUCACGGACCAGUCCAGCAGAGACCAGGCCUGCUACUGGUACGGAGCGGCCUUCGAGGCGGAGCCGACGCUUCACUCUGGGAUCAAUAACGUGGUUCUCCUCAUGGCAGCUGGACAUGAGUUUGAUACUUCGAUAGAGCUGCGGAAAAUAGGUGUGACUCUCAGCACGCUGCUCGGUAGGAAGGGCAGCCUGGAGAAGAUGAGAGACUACUGGGAUGUUGGGUUCUACCUCGGAGCAAACAUCUUGGUGAACGAACUCCGAAAGGUCAUCGAGGCGUCGGAGAAACUCUACAAACUUAAGGCUCCGAUCUGGUACGUGGGCUCCAUUAUGGAGACCUACGUUCUGUACCGUCAGUUUGCCAAACCGCCUGAGGUUCGAUCCCCCAAACAGAACACUGUGGACUUUUGGAUGGAGCUUUUGCUGCAGACGUGUAAACCCACCGUCUCCACGGACCGGUGUCCAGUUCUGGUCCUUGAACCCAGUAAAGUCCUUCAGCCCGCCAUCGUGUCUGUGAGUGAGGAGGAUGAAAGUCGCACGGUUCAGUUGAAACACGUCACAGCGUUAAAGAAAGGCCUCCACCAGUGGACGUUCCCGGCCUCGGCCAUCCGUGGAGUGAGCGGCUCAAAGAUCGACGAGCGGAGCUGCUUCCUCUACGUGCACUACAACUCUGACGACUUCCAGCUCUGCUUCCCCUCUGAGCUCCACUGUAGAGGGUUCUGUGAGCUGGUGUCCUCUCUGCUGCAGCAGGCCAAGGACUCGACGGACCUGGAACGUCAGACUGAAGGAAUCCUGGAGUACGUCUACGAGACUAACGAGAACGGUGACAAGGUGGUUCUGGGUCGGGGGACGUACGGUGUGGUCUACGCUGGGAGGGACUACUGCGUACUGUGUACUGUGUACUGCAGGUACUCGCAGCCUCUCCACGAGGAGAUAGCUUUACACAAACGACUCAAACACAGGAACAUCGUCCAGUACCUGGGCUCCGUCAGUCAGGACGGCUUCAUCAAGAUCUUCAUGGAGGAGGUGCCAGGAGGGAGCCUGUCGUCUCUCCUGCGGUCCAAGUGGGGUCCCCUGAAAGACAACGAGGCCACCAUCAUCUUCUACACCAAGCAGAUCCUGGAGGGGCUCAGGUAUCUCCAUGACAACCAGAUAGUCCACCGAGACAUCAAGGGGGACAACGUCCUGAUCAACACCUACAGUGGAGUCCUGAAGAUCUCUGACUUUGGAACCUCCAAACGGUUGGCAGGGAUCAACCCGUGCACCGAGACGUUCGCAGGAACGCUCCAGUACAUGGCUCCAGAAAUCAUAGACCAGGGUCCUCGGGGUUAUGGGAAGCCGGCGGACAUCUGGUCCCUGGGGUGCACCAUCAUAGAAAUGGCAACGGGCAAAACGCCCUUCCACGAGCUGGGAAGUCCUCAGGCGGCCAUGUUCAAGGUGGGAAUGUUCAAGAUCCACCCCAAGGUUCCGGAGUGCAUGUCAGACGAGGCCAAAGGCUUCAUCAUGAACUGUUUUGAUCCAAACCCGGACAACAGAGCCACGGCGACCGAGCUGCUGAAGGACGCCUUCCUCAGGUUGUCACCCAGAAAAAAAGCCAAACCUCAGCAGGAGUGUGAGCCCAGCGACGGCCUCCAGAGCGACUAUCAGCGCAGCCUGUCUGUUCCCAUCUCCAUCCUGGUGGAGGACACGGACUUGUACUCCACCGACCUUUCCUGCUCGCUCGACCUCAGAAGACAACAGUCGGCCCUCAGAGAACAGGAAGUCUCCGAGAGCCCUCCAUCCUAUCGUAGAUUUAUGAUAAUUAAUGUCAAUGUCAGUAGUAAAGUAGCAGACAGUAUUAGUCACUGUAGUGAUGAAAAAGUAAAAAAAAAGUUAAUUUUUCUCUUGAAAUGGAAAAGCCGAAAUGAUUACAUAAAAUCCAGAGAAGCAUUAAUUUAUUAUUCUUUUUUUAAAAUUAUUUAAAAGUCUACAAAAGGACCAGUUCUCACCGCCGACCAGAUCACUAAACUCAUUGUCUGCCUGCGGGACAACAUCCACUCCCCAGACCGGAAGCAGCUGACCCGGGGACUGCUGGAGCUCCGAACCACGCUCCUGGCUGCUGCAGUACCAGUGAACAGCCUGCAGGCGGUGCUGUUCAGCUUUCAAGAUGCGGUGAAGAAGGUGUUGAAGCAGCAGCAGGUCAAACCUCACUGGAUGUUUGCCCUGGACAACCUGCUGAGACAAGCAGUGCAGGACUCCAUCAGUGUCCUGCUCCCAGAGCUGAAGCUGCAGCUGCAGUCGUCUUUUGAGAAUGAAGACAGUACACCAGAGGAGCAGAUCGACGACCCAGCGACACCUGUAGUAUUAUUCUCUGACCAGCAGGGGGCCGUGGCCGAUCGGCAGGAAUCAGUGUCAGUGAUCGACGUCUCCCCCGUGGCUGCGGCUCACUCCCCCACGGACCUUGUCAUCAGUGUUAGCUUCCCCCUCAGUGAGAAACUCCGACAGCUGCGUUUGGAGACCAGAAGACUUCUGAGUCAGCUGAGCGACAAGGAGAAGGAGUACCAGGAGCUGCUCCGGGCUACGCUGCAGCAGAAGCAGGAGCACAUCGACGCCCUGAGGAACGGGGGCGUCGUCCAGAGCAGUGACGUCUGUAACUCACAGAGGUGGAGUUCUACCCCAGAGGUGGAGACCAUGGUGCACUGGCUCAAGUCUGUCCCUGUAGACCAAGACACGAUUGAUAAGCUGCUCUCACAUGCCUUCACCCUGGACUGUCUCUGCUCCAUGGCCUCCAAAGACGAUCUGAUGUACUGUGGUGUAAAAGGUGGGAUGCUGUGUCGACUGUAUGCAGCCAUCACAGCCCUGAGACAGAACCAGUCCAGCACCAGCAGGGACAGUGAGGACACUCAUCUUUAAUGUCGUUCAUCCAAACAUUCGGCUCAUUCCUAAUGUACCAGAGAAGUUACUGAUGAAGUCAAGUCUGUUGGAAAGAAGAUUUUUUUUAAACAUCUGUGAAUGUAUUUUUUUUUUUCAUCAUGAUCAUUUUUUAUAGUUUUUGUCCGUUGUUCUAACUGUAGCUGCAGGAUUCAGGAACCAAACACUUCAGUCUGUAAAUCUUCACUGCCUGUCUGUCCCGACCUCUGACGACCUCAAACACUGUUUAUUCUACAGCCUUAAAGUGUCACAGCUUCAGGAAAGACAGUUUUUUUUCUCCCAGUCCUGGGAAUGUAUUUAAAACACUCACUGGUCCCACUGGUCCGUGUGUUUGUGCUUCCUAACCUUUUUUAAGCACAUGUUUUAGAUUAGAAAAUUCCCACAGUGCACUGCCAAAACAACAACAUCACAAAUGUACGUAUGUAAUGAGUUAAAAUGAUCUUCUAGUCUCAUUUUACCAACAGCGUACUUACUAAAGUUGAACCGCUGUCAUGUUGAGUUGAACACAACAUUGAUAUACCUGCAGGAAUUGAAGAAAGACACACACAAAGAUUUUUAACGGAGCUGUCUUAUUUUUGUUUUAAUAGCCAUUUGUUGCCACCUAGUGGACAUAUUAAAUUGGUCUGCCAGUCAAUGUGGCUUUGACAAACAAAGUCAACUUUGUAAUAAAUAUUUUUCAGACCAAUUAAGUGAAAUUACAAACCUGGUAAUUUCUCACAUCACACUGGUUGUGAUUAGAGUAGUAGAUUAGAUAAAAUAUUAUUUAUAAAUAGAGGCUUUUUCUUGAAUUGCAUUCCAACUUCUUGUCUUACUCCGUUUCAAAGAUCUUCCAAAAUCUUCACUGAUAUGUUUUGUUUUUUGUAUUGCUUUUUCUCAGGGUUUAACUUGUUGGACUAGAUGUUUUUCUGUAAAAAUAUCAGGUGAAAUUAUGAAUUUAGACACAAAACAUUUCAUCAUUAUUUUUAAUGAUGCUCUUCUAUGCAAAACUUAGAUGGACCGAUUUUGUUACUUAUAUUAAAAUGUUUAGUUGCUUUGUUUAAUCUCUUUUGAAUCUUUUAUUUUUUUAUAUCCUCAAGUUUGUGUAAAUAAUAAAAGAGGAAAACUG